AUGACAGCCAGGAAUCCCAACUCCGAUCAGUUUGCACUUCUCGAGUUUAAGGAUCACAUUACCGGUCCUCAAAAUGUCUUGGCAAACAAUUGGACGGCCUCAACCUCUGUUUGCAAUUGGAUUGGUGUUUCUUGUGGCAUCCUCCAUAAAAGAGUUAUAGCUUUGAAUCUUACAAGCAUGAAUCUUAGGGGUACUAUCCCUCCACACCUUGGAAAUCUUUCAUUUCUACUCUCUCUCGACUUGAGUAGCAACCAUUUCUAUGGCCAUCUCCCUAAAGAAUUGGGCCAAUUGCAUCGUUUGAGGAUCAUUCGAUCAAGCUACAACUGUCUUAAUGGGGAAAUUCCAUCAUGGCUUGGGAACUUACAGAGAGUUCAAAGGCUGAAAAUGAAAAAUAAUAACUUUACAGGCACAAUCCCUGAAACACUUGUUAACAUGUCUAAUCUAGAGAUCUUGCACUUGGGAUUCAAUCAAUUAUCUGGUCAAGUUCCAUCUUCCAUCUUCAAGAUUUCUUCUCUCAAGAUUAUUGAUCUCUCCAGCAAUAGCCUAUCAGGUAGUUUGCCUAGUGAUAUGUGUCAACAUCUUCCCAAGCUUGAAGUGCUUUACUUGCAUAGAAAUGAAUUAUCCGGUAACAUUCCGUUAAGUAUGGACAAAUGCAACAACCUUAAAAUGUUGGCAUUAUCUAUGAAUCAAUUUACGGGGAUCAUUCCAAUAACUAUUGGAAAUUUGACACGACUCGAAGAAUUAGAUUUGAGGUUGAAUAACUUAGAAGGUCAAAUUCCUGAGGAAAUCGGUAAUCUUCUUGGUAUGGAAAUGCUUAUUAUUCAAGCAAUUAAAGGUCUUACAGGUCAGAUUCCAACUUCGAUCUUCAACAUUUCUUCUCUGAAGACUAUUGAUCUCUCCAACAAUAGCCUAUCAGGUAGUUUGCCUAGUGAUAUGUGUCAACAUCUUCCCAAGCUUGAAGUGCUUUUCUUGCAUAGAAAUGAACUAUCUGGUACCAUUCCGUCAAGUCAGAUUCCAUGA